AUGAGGCCAUCCGUGGUGAGGUGUGUACGUAUGAGACGUUUUCUGCCGUCCAUAUUCCAAAAAUCAGCCGCCGCUCCAAACUCAGCUGCCGAAGGCGCAGAUGAUCCGUCAUUAUCAAAACAACAGCAGGAACGGUUGAAAGGAGCACUAGAAAAGCUACGGAUUGAUGAGCCAAGGGUAAGGGCGAUGGCAAAUGAAGAGAAUGAACUGGAGGCAUUUGAUUCGGGGGAUAUACUCGAUGAUGGUGGCAUUAAUAUGGAUUCGAUACGGGCUAGAGGAUUUCUGCGCUACCGAUAUAAUUAUGAGCCUCCGAAAGAUCUGGAGCAACGUUUCAAGGAUGUGAUAUCGAAGGAAUUCUCAACGGAAUGGGGACAGUUAGUGAAAGACGAUGGGGAUGUGAGGCGGAUUGAUCUGACGAAAAAUAUCCGCUUGAAGUUUAAGUUAUUGGACCUAAUUGGUCGAACCUUCAAGCAUAUCGUACCGAAUAACGAGCUGCAUCGUAUGCAAAGUGUAGGUGAUGUAAUGCAGUUUUAUGCACAACCGGUUAGUAAUAUAACCGAAUAUGCGAGAAUGGCAAGAGAGUCCGGGAAACACGGCGGGUAUGUGAGAAGUUUCCCGGGCAAUUUGCAUGUUAUGGAACAUCCGGUGAGAUUUCACCCGCAAGACAAGGAAGCUUACCAUGGCGGUGUAACCGCGUAUCCAGGACGAGGAGGCCAGGUGCUUGGCUUAAGGAAUAAACGUUUAUAUCGGCAGUUCCAACCGAAAGAGGAGUGGUUCGACUACGAGGAUCAGUCGUUUGACUACAAUCGGGUGGAUAAGGAUAUGCCUUGGGAUCCGGAGAUCUCGAAACGGAUGGAUCGAUAUCCGACGAAGAAAUAUCAUCUGGCAACGAAGGCGUUCAAGAGGAUUGCAACGAAAAAAACCGAGACCAUGAGCAUGGCUGAUAGUUAA